CGAAACCGGAAGUAAUCCAAAUUGUCAGUAUGUGACUACAUCCUCCCUCGCCCUUCUUUAAUAUUGCACAUUUACACACAGUUAAACUAAUUCCAUCUUUAAAAUACAAACUUUUUGUUAGCUAACUUACCGCGGAGAUGUGCACCCAAACGAAGGCGGCCUCCCGCAUGGUGAACAUUCCGCAGGCAGACAUCGAUCCCUCCGGCGUGUUCAAGUAUGUUCUCAUCAGGGUCCACAGCAAGGAGGAGGGCGACGAUACGGAAGUCGACAUAGUCCGAGGAUACGGCUGGGCCGAGUUCCACGCGGAUAUCUAUGAGAAGGUUUCAGAGGAGCUUGAAAAGGACGGACUCCUGGACUGUGAGUGUGUAGGAGGGGGCAGGAUCAGACACGACGCCCAGGACAAGAAGAUCCACGUUUACGGCUACUCCAUAGGCUUUGGAAGAGCAAACCACGCCGUGACCACUGAGAAACUAAAAGUUCAGUAUCCAGACUAUGAGGUGACCUGGGAUAAUGAAGGGUACUGAAAUAAAAAAUAUACUUGACACUUCUUCACGGAGUUUGAAUUUAGCGAUGUCAUCAUCAACCUUUUUAUCAUGAUCUUUUUUAAUACCACAUUUGUGUCCUCAUCACUUUUUAAAGGCCUACUGAAAUGAAAUGUUUGUAUUUAAACGGGAAUAGCAGAUCCAUUCUAUGUGUCAUACGUGAUCAUUUUGCGAUAUUGCCAUAUUUUUGCUGAAAGGAUUUAGUAUAGAACAACGUCGAUAAAGUUCGCAACUUUUGGUCUCUGAUAAAAAAAAACCUUGCCCCUACCGGAAGUAGCGUGACGUUGUCAGUUGUUCACUCCCUCAUAUUUUCCUAUUGUUUUCAACGCAGCUAGAGCGAUUCCGACGAUUACCCCAUUAAUUUGAGCGAGGAUGAAAGAUUCGUGGACGAGGAACGUUAGAGUGACGGACUAGAAUGCAGUGAAAUACAUAUUUUUUUUCGCUCUGACCGUAACUUAGGUACAAGCUGGCUCAUUGGAUUCCACACUUUCUCCUUUUUCUAUUGUGGAUCACGGAUUUGUAUUUUAAACCACCUUGGAUACUAUAUCCUCUUGAAAAUGAGAGUCGAGAACGCAAAAUGGACAUUCAGUGCCUUUUAUCUCCACGACAAUACAUCGGCGAAAUGCUUUAGCUACGAGCUAACGUGAUAGCAUCGUGCUUUAACUGCAUAUAGAAACAAAAAAAAUAAACCCCUGACUGG